CCUACCGAACCCGUCGCUUAGUCACUGAUGAUCUCUUGGAGUCUCUGUCUGGGAGGUUACCUGGGUCCCUAACGGUUGGGUAUUGGGGGGAGUUUGGUUCAGUAACUUCAGUAGUUCAGUUUGCCACGGAACACCAUCCGGGAAGGAUACUGCAGACCAUCCACACGGUUAGUGCUAGGCAUUUUCCCGUCCAGUUUGCUGGAAAUAUUUGUGCGCACAGAGGUAUUUCGGCCAGAAUAAUGAGGUCAAUAAUCGUGUGUCUGGCAGCUGUGUCUGCUGUUGCAGCGUUUGAACUCGCCGACAGAGCUGAAGAUCCGUGUGCCCAGGUCUUCUGCAAAGCAGGCCGGGAAUGUAUCGUCGCCAAUGGCAUCGGGAUGUGCCACUGCCAGUCGACCUGUCCAGAUACUUUCACUCCGGUUUGUGGAACUGACGGCAAAUCAUACGACAACCACUGUGUCCUUCAUCGACAUGCUUGCCUUACGGAAACAAGGAUUGGAAUUCAACACAAAGGUUUCUGCAAGAACAAAAAGAAAGUCAAAGAGCCAGUGAAGCCUACGGCAAAGGAGGAUGAUCCAGCUGUUUGCUACAGUUCCCAGCGCGACGCCCUUUUGCUGGUCAUCGGAAAACACUGGCAGAAGACUUUGGCCACGCAGCCAUGGCACGUGAGCGGAAUGACAUACCGAGAAAGCCUGUGGGGACGUUUCUUCACUUGCGACGAAGAUCGGGACAAGUUCUUGGAGUCAGACGAACUUCUGAACUGUACUAAGGACGCUUUCUUUAUGGCCAGACCAGAACAGAAUCAAGAGCUGACUAGGGCCCUGUGCAUCGACGCCAUCGUGGACGCAGCCGAUGAGAACAAGGACUGGCGGUUGGACUUCGAGGAAUUCACCGCCAUGCUCUCCCCAGGAUGGCAUCCGCCUCAGAAGCUUUGCUCCCUGGAAGGCAAAACCUACCACGAUGCUCAUGAGGUGGUAGUCGAUGGAAAUAGAUGUGUAUGCGCAGUCGGAAGUUGGGUCUGUACCAAUCCAGCUCGGUCCGAUGCCGAAUCCAAGAAAGAAUUCAAGAAGGAUGACUUCUAUUCUUACGACGACGGGGAAAAUGAGCUGGAUGGUGGAAAAGACGACGCAGCUGACGGUGAUGAUGAUAAGGAUGACGAUGACGAUGAUGUAUACUAUGAUGAUUACUACUACGAUGAUUAUGAGGAUGCUAAAAAGGCUACCAAGGAUGAUGCUAAGGUGACCAAGGAUCAAGAUGAGGAUGAUGACGAUGAUGAAUACAUCGACAAACUCUUCGACGAUCUAUUAGUCAAACUCAGAAAGCACAGGAGAGAGAAGCACCAUCACAACCACCUAUAAAGAGCUUACAGUCAAACCCCGCGUUUGUCAAACAAUCCAUCCCUGGUUUGGUAAAGGGUAAAGAUGUCGAACAACCUUGUUGAGGCUGAUUUCGUCAAAAAACAGAUCUGUGUCGUGUGAAAUAUCGUUUCGUCUUGGUGGUCACUUUUCUUUUCGAGAGAACUCCGUGAAAUGGUCUCUUCUCUUAUCAGCGUAAGUGUAUCAGGCAGGCGAAGUUUCUCCUCUCGACUUUUCUGCCUCGUAUCUCUGCCUGGAAGUUGCUUGAGUUUUCCUUCGCAUUCCGGUGCUCCGUCCAUGUUGCGUCUCCUGGAGGACUAGGGCGAAAGUCUCUCUCCCUUGCUCUCUCACUCUGUCCAUCUAUUAAGGCGGAACCAACACCCCCUUCUCUCUCUCCCUCACACACACUUUCCUUUCCCUCAAGACGAACUCUCUCUCUCUCACACACACACAUACACACACACACUACACACAUUUACACCCACACCUUAUAAUACUAAACUCUACACACCUUUCCUCAAAACUCUCUCUCUCUCUCUCUCUCUCUCUCUCUCACUCACUUUACAAAGCUAACUCUCUUCUAAACUCCUUUCCCUCAAGAUGCAACCCACUUUCUCUCUCUCUCUCUCUCUCUCUCUCUCUCCUCUCUCUCUCUCUCUCUCUCUACAUGCCUUAAUUCGUGUGCCAAUACCUUAAGUUUUCCGUUUAUUCAUAUUGUCAACUUUCUAUCACCAUUAUCCACUUGUUUCCAAAAGUUUUCGUUCAAAUUUCGACGAUCUCCCCAUCGGCCCUCGAACGAAACAUAAUGGAAGCGUGCAAACGCAGAUAUCAAAUAGGAAAAUAUUUUUUAAGUAGAGAUCUUAGAAAUAAGCAAAAGAGUAACGUAGACCUAAGGCAUAUUUUUGCGAUGCUUUUCGUAGACAGAUAAAUGUAAGAGUAUUAAUAUAUUCAAGUGAACACAGAUGCCUGUGGUAUAUCGAUAUUUUUGGUAUCCUUAGGGUGUUCAUUGUAGAUUCAUUAAUAACCGAAGAGUCAUAUCAGUUUGUCUAACAAAUGAGCUGGAUUAUUCAAAUGAUAUUAGCGUUUUUUAAUCAGGUAAUGUAUAUUAUAAGAAUUACUAUCUAGUGUAACUGCAUUCUGAUUGCGCUUUUGUAUCAAUAAAUAUCUUUAUUCUA